AUGUCUGUACCGUACGACCGCGCCUACGAUCUGCUUAGCAACAGCAAGGAUGGCCAUAUCUCCGCCUCACAGCGCAUUCCCGUCAUCGCGCGGCCUUUCGUCAGUGAGAGGGCGGCGAAGACACUCGACCUUGUAGAGAAAUUCGUCGAAGAAGAGUGCAUCCCCGCCGACGCCGUAUACGUGCGCCAGAUCGGCCAGACCGUCCAAGAGCGCUUCUCGUCACAUCCAUCCAUCAUCGAGGACCUGAAGAAGAGGGCACAAGAGCUUGGACUAUGGAACAUGUUCCUGCCCAAGGCACACUUCAAGGAGGGUGCUGGCUUCAGCAACCUGGAGUACGGCCUCAUGGCUGAGUACCUGGGCAAGAGCCGGACAGCCUCCGAGGCUGUCAACUGCGCUGCUCCUGAUACUGGCAACAUGGAGGUCAUUGCCAAGUACGGUACUGAGGCACAGAAGAGGCAGUGGCUGGACCCGCUGCUGAAGGGCGAGAUUCGCUCUGCGUUCUUGAUGACGGAGCCUCAGGUUGCGUCGAGUGAUGCUACCAACAUUGAGAUGACUAUCAAGAAGGAUGGUGACCAUUACGUCCUGAACGGUCAGAAAUGGUGGUCAUCCGGCAUUGGCGACCCUCGCUGCAAGAUCUUCAUCGUCCUCGGAAAGACCGACCCCAACAACUCCGACAAGUACAAGCAACAAUCCGUCAUCCUCGUCCCCAACACCACCCCGGGUGUAACCGUCCACCGCAUGCUAUCAGUCAUGGGUUUCGACGACGCACCCCACGGCCACGGCCACGUGACGUUCGAGAACGUCCGCGUCCCCGCCAGCAACAUGGUGCUCGGCGAAGGCCGCGGCUUCGAAAUCAUCCAGGGCCGUCUCGGACCCGGACGUAUCCACCACGCUAUGCGCAGCAUCGGUUCCGCCGAGAAGGCGCUAGAAUGGUUCCUCGCCCGCAUCAAUGACGAGCGCAAGAAGCCGUUUGGCGAGCUCCUCAACAAACACGGCAUCAUGCUCGAGCGCGUCGCGCGCUCCCGUAUCGAAAUCGACGCAGCCCGCCUCUCCGUCCUUAACGCCGCCAUCAAGAUCGACGAAACAAACGCCAAGGGCGCGCUCAAGGAAAUCGCCGAAGUCAAGGUGCUCGUCCCUGAAGUCAACCUCAAGGUCAUCGACUGGGCUAUGCAGGCCUACGGCGGUGCGGGUGUGAGUCAAGAUACGCCGCUCGCGCAGAUGUGGUCAAGUGGCCGCACGAUGAGGAUUGUAGAUGGGCCGGAUGAGGUGCAUCUGCUGCAGCUGGGUAAGAAUGAGAAUAAGAGGGGUCUUGCGCAUAAGGCUAGGAUUGAGGCGCAGCAGAAGAAGGGCGAGGAGCUGUGUAGGCAGUAUGGGAUUGAGCCGAGGGAUCCUUUGUACCUUAACAGGACGAGUGGGGAGGCUAGUAAGCUGUAG